AUGAAAAUCUCAGAAGUCCCAAUAACACACAGAAUAAAACAUCUUCAGCCAAUAUUCUCAAUAACAAAGGGUUCAACAUACUUCUGUUCAGGUGGCAUAAAUGGGGAAAUGAAGCUGUGGGAUCUGAGCUAUAGCCAUAUAAAGACGAUGAAGAAACACUCGGGUGCUGUGUCCUGUGUUAGAUUCUCCUUGGAUUCUAGAUUCAUAGCCUCCGCAGGAGAUGACGGCAAGAUUUUCAUUUUUGGACAGGAUGCCAAGGAUGUAUUAAAGAUUAUCAAGCAUCCGUGUGAUGUUACGCACUUAGAGUGGACUCCUGAUUUUCUAAUUUCUUCAAAUUUGGAUGGACAGGUACACAUAACAAAAAUCUCGGACUUCUCGGAAUUUAGAGUGCUGGAGCAUCACGAGGAGGGAAUCCUUGGGCUGGGAAUAAGCCAGGACUUCAGAUAUUUAUGUACUUAUUCUGAAAACUUAAUUGUUCUGUAUGAAAACUUCAACAUCAGAGCAAAGAGGAAGAUUGAAAAAGGAGGAGUUAUUCUUGAAAACCUUCAAUGCAAGGUCUCAUUCUCACCAAACAGCAAGUUUGUCAGUGUUGGGCUGCAGUUUAACCGCAAAAUACCCACUGUUGAUAUUCUUGACUUAGACCUAAAUACUGUCUUUUCUCUUGCUGGCCAUGUUGCGCCCUGUGAAAUAACGGCAUUUUGCCCACAUGCCUUGAAAAAUAUCAAGCAGUACUACGUAUUGGCUGUCGCCUCGCAGGAUCUAAGUCUGAGCUUGUGGAAUACGCUCAAUCCAAAGCCAUUCGUUCUUCUUAAGAACUUCACUGAAAUGCCCAUUUUGGAUAUGUUCUGGGAUGGCCUCACACUCUAUGUAAGCUCAUACGAUGGAAUAGUCAAAAAAGUCGAGUUUGAAGAAAAAGAACUAGGAGAAAUAAUUGAUGAGACCCAGAACGAGGAGGAAUUUGAGAUGCCAUUCUGUGAUAUGAAUAUUGAAAUGCAAAAGAACUAUGAAAGAAGAGCAGACAGAUUGGAUUUUGACGAGAAAAUAGAAAUAAUGAGGCUAUCGGGAUUUAGUAUUAACGGAACAGGCCUAGAAGAACUUUUGAAUAGCAGCGCUGGUAAUAAUACAGAGAUAAAGAAUGAAGACAUAAAUACCAAGGAAGAGCACGAUAAAGGUGCCAAGCCACCAUUGGAAACGAAAAUUAAGAAUGGUGCCAAGCCACAAGUAUUGGCUGAUGAUCCUCAAAAGCUUGAUGACAAACCGUCCGAUACACCCAACAACACAAAAGUAAGCAAGAGCUGCCAGGGCAUUCUUCCUGAAAAUGCUUUGGUCCCAAAACCUAAAAGAAUAUCGCCAGUAAUGAUCGACAAACCCAAACAGACCCCAAUAUUCAAUAAUAAGGGGCACUGCUCGGUGGUUUUAUUUGACACCAACCAGCCCGAUAAGCUUAAGUUAAUCGAAACGGAUCCAUUUAAGCUCAGUCUCGAUGAUUUUACAAUUGAAUUAAAAGAGAAUGGAGACGUCUGUGUUUACCGUGUCUCAAGGCUCUUCUACAGAAUAAACGGCCCCUGUAAUAAGGUGUGUUUUAACGAUAGGUAUGUGGUGGUCUACACAUCCCAUGUCCAAAUUUAUCAGCUUUCCACGGGCCUUCUUCUCCUUCCUUUCAUAAACAUCAGACUGAGUUAUCUUGAUAUUCUGGACAACCAAAUUCUCCUUCUUGACUCGUAUGGGGACUUUACUGUUUUAAAGCUUGGCUCCAAAGAGAAGAAAUUUAAAUAAAGACGCAUACGGUGGCAAAAACAGCGCUGACUACAAGGCCGUCACAGGCAAGCUGCCCAAGACCAAGAAUCUGUCGAAGAUCCAGCUGAGCAAAUCCCACUUCCUCGUUGCCGAAUACUCGGGUGAGGAGAUAGUUUUCUUCCAUAAGCGAAUGAAGACCUGGUUCACAAUUAAUCCCAGAUUCAACUCGAUAACAACCAGUGGAGUGGAUUUCUACAAUGACUACGACGACACAAUGGCCGAGCUUGAGCUUAGCUUUGUUCACUAUUCAUUACUGGGAGACAUAAAGAAUAUGAAAGUGAUAAUAAAACAGUUUGUAGCGCUGCUGAGAAGAAUAAAGAAACUCGAGGACCAUGUUGAGUAUAAAAUAGCAAAUAUGAUUAACUUCAUAGAAGAUAAGAAGUUUGUGGCUAUGAUUUUAGAGGAGCUGAACAAAGAGUGUGCAUUUCAAAGAUUUGUAGUGAAAAUGACUAAGCAAUAG